AUGAGGAGCUCGGUUGCUCCAAAAUUGAUGGCUGCCAGUUCUUAUCGAACAAAUGGUUUGAUAUUGAGCCGUGCAUUGGGGGGAAAGAUAGGCCGGAACACCUCUGGUUGGGACAUCGGUGUUACAACCGUUCAUUUGUCAUCAUCGUCGAAGCUCUUCACAUCUCUGAAAGUGCCUGCUCUGCUACCGGUGAUUGAAUGCCAUCGCGAUGAGGUGUGGGAACUGCCACCCAAAGCAGAGGUAAUCGGGUGGUCGGAAAAGACGGGGGUUGAGAUGUUCAGGUAUGGUGAUCACAUUAUGGGCAUCCAGGGUCAUCCUGAGUACACCAAGGACAUUCUUUUGCACCUUAUCGACCGUCUUCUCCAGCGCAAUUUCAUCACCGGUGCUUUUGCUGAUGAGAUGAAGGCUAGGGUGGAGAAACAUGAGCCAGACAGGGAGGCAUGGAAGAAAUUGUGCAUCAGCUUUCUCAAGGGUUAGAUUGUGAUGAAAACCUUCAAAAGAAAAAAAUAUAAAAUAUAAAAAAAGGAAAAAGAAAAGAAAAAAAAAAAAGAAUUGGGGGAUGGAAUUGUAAAUAUGAACUAAUUUGGGCAGUUGGUUUGAUGCGUCUUUAGGCAGUGAGCAUGUAGCAGAGCUGCAUUAGGCACAAUGGAUGUGGAACUUUAAUCAUCCUUAGAUGUAAUCAUUUCGGGUAUCCUGAAAUUGACAAAAGGCCAACUAAAUUAUUGAAUUUAAGUUGUUUCCCAUUCAAAUCUCUUGUGUAUGGUUUCAAGUGGUUGACUUAAUUGUUAUGAAUAAAAAUCUAUGAGCUAAGGAGAUUAUAACGUGAAAUGUCCCACACUCACUCUUUCUGAUUUGAGAGAAAUAGUGAUACAAUGUCCGACACUCCGAUCGGACCAGACCGUGAGAGUGACACAAUGUCCGACCGGACUGUGAUAGUGACAAAGAUUGUGGAGGUGUGUCUGGUUGAGUAUUUUGACAUUUUCAUUUUAUAUCAAGAACAAUUUGACUUUUGGAAAAAAGGAAA